CGAAAAGUUACCACUCGAUAGUUCAUCGCAAACCACAACCCACACGACCGCCACAAUGCCAUCCACACAUAAUGUAGAUAAGCCCUGGGAUACGGACGACAUUGACAAGUGGAAGAUUGAGCCCUUCAAGCCCGAAGACAACAAAGCCGGCGCAUUCACAGACGAGUCCCGCUUCAGCACCCUCUUUCCCAAGUACCGCGAGCAGUACCUCAAAGGAUCAUGGAAGUUCAUCACCCAAGCACUGCAGAGACUGGGCAUUGGCUGCGAGCUCAACUUAGUUGAGGGCUCUAUGACUGUAUGGACCACAAAAAAGACGUAUGAUCCAGCCGCAAUCCUAAAUGCACGCGAUCUCAUCAAGCUACUCGCUCGAAGUGUACCAGCGCCGCAAGCUAUCAAGAUCCUUGAAGACGAUGUGGCCAUGGACAUUAUUAAGAUUCGGAACUUGGUAGGCAACAAAGAGCGUUUUGUCAAGAGGAGACAGCGUAUCCUGGGACCUAAUGGAUCAACACUCAAGGCUUUGGAACUGCUCACUGAGUGUUAUCUGCUCGUACAAGGAAACACAGUGGCCUGUAUGGGUCCGUACAAGGGACUCAAGCAAGUACGGCGCAUCAUCGAGGACACCAUGCACAACAUUCAUCCCAUCUACGCUAUCAAAGAGCUUAUGAUCAAGAAAGAGCUUGCCAAAGAUCCCGAACUCGCUAAUGAGAGCUGGGAUCGCUUCCUGCCAAAUUUCAAGAAACGAUCUCUCAGCAAGCGUCGCAUACCUCACAAGGUCAACGACAAGUCGAAGAAGCCGUACACGCCAUUCCCACCGCCUCAGGAGAAGAGCAAGGUCGAUUUGCAGAUCGAGAGUGGAGAAUACUUCUUGGGCAAGCAUGCAAAGGAGAGGAAAGUUCAGGAAGAGAGGGAGGAGAAGAUGAAGGACAAGAUGGACGCCAAGAGGAAAGAGAGAAUGGCCGAGUAUGUGGCACCAGAAGAGGAUGGCGACAAGAAGAAGAAGAAGCGCAAGCGGGAAGAAGGCGAGGGAAAGGACAAGAAGAAAAAGAAGAAGCACAGUGCCGAGGGCGAGGCCAACGGCGAUGCAGCAUGAGACAUCUCCUUUUCGUAAAGUUCAUUGCGGAACAACAUAUCUGCAUUCUUUUCUCUUUAUGCUACGUUAAAUUCUGAGAAGUCAGGGUCGUGUCGACUGCAUGGCGGGAUAAAAGUACAGCAGUCUGAGCGACACUCCAUAGCAUUGUUAGGUGUUUAGGUUAUUCUGAUAAGUUGAAAUACCCAUUUUCUCUUUGCUCG